AUGGCACCUAGCGCAACCGACAUCAUCACCAACAACUACGACGUCUUAUCGUUGAAAGACAAAGACUACGUAGACACCAUAUCAGUCUCCGACUACGAGAGCGGAGCUGAGACUGUCAAAUAUGGCGGGAAAACACCAAAGGAGAUGAUUGGCGCUGCGCUGCAGAAGCAUAUUGAUACGGUUGAUCCACAGGAUUGCGAGCCAGGCGACGAGGAUGCCUUCUUCGUUGCGGAUCUGGGCGAGGUCUACCGCCAGCACAUGCGCUGGAAGCAGCAGCUCCCACGCAUCACACCGCACUUUGCCGUGAAGUGCAACCCAGAUCCAGGCCUCUUGCGUCUGCUCGACAAACUGGGGGCUGGCUUUGACUGUGCCAGCAAGGCCGAGAUCGACCAAGUCCGGGCUAUGGGUGUUGAUCCAGCGCGCAUCAUCUACGCCAACCCAUGCAAGACUACGAGCUACCUCAAGCGCACUGUCAAGACGGGUGUCAAGCAGAUGACGUUCGACAACACCGAUGAGCUGUACAAGAUCAAGCACAUCUAUCCAACAGCAGAGCUCUUCUUGCGCAUCUGCACCGACGACUCGGCCAGCUUGUGCAGGCUGAGCAACAAGUUUGGGGCCAGCAUGGACAAGGUGCCACAGCUGCUUGCACUCGCAAAGGAGUUGGGCCUCGACGUUGCUGGAGUCGCCUUUCACGUCGGAUCCGGCGCAUCUGACCCAGACGCCUUCCGCAAAGCUAUCGUAGACGCUCGCAGUGUCUUCGAUCAGGCAGCUGUCUUGGGAUACCAGCUCCACACGCUCGACUGCGGUGGUGGCUUCACAUCCGACACAUUCGACGACAUGUCUGCUGUUCUGGCUGAGGCCGUCGACAAGGAGUUCCCACCUCAUGUGCGCAUCAUCGCAGAGCCAGGACGUUUCUACACGAGCUCCGCCUUCACCCUGGCUUGCAACGUCAUUGCUCGGCGCACGGUUGAGGCUGACAACCUGGGUGGCAACACCAGCUACAUGCUCUACAUGAACGAUGGCGUCUACGGCAACUUCUCGAGCAUCAUCUUCGAUCACCAGCAUCCCGUGCCACGAGUCCUGCGUAGCCAGAGCUGCGUGGAUGGGUACAAGUACUCGACGAUCCCCGAGUCGCUCGUUGAUUCUGGCUAUGGGUCUGACGCCGACGGCACGUUCGCUCACCCUCGCGAGAAGAAGGCCAUCACCUACUCGAUCUGGGGUCCGACCUGCGAUGGUAUCGACUGCAUCUCCAGCGAGUGGUACUCGACCGAGACCCUCGACAUCGGCGAUUGGCUGUACUUUGAGGACAUGGGCGCGUACACGAUGUGCUCUGCUACCAAGUUCAAUGGGUUCCCAGACAAGCACAAGACCAUCUAUGUAUGCAGCGAGCCGGCUGCGGCUGGAUUCGUUGAGCCAUACACGCGGGUGUGA